AACAGAGAGCCCCCUUAGAUAAGAGGCCUGAACAGCAUCAAGGGCCAGAUAAGAACAAGUGGAGGGCACUUCGGGGACAGCAGAAGGGUGAGAGCCUGUGAACUGGCCCGGGUGCGCCGUACAGAGCUGUGGGCAGGACAAUGCAGGCCGGCUCCUUCUGGGCUCCUCCCGGCACCCGCUAACACGCCGCGGCUGCCGCAGUCUCUAGACUGGGGCGAGAGCAUACCAAGAUGGGUUGUGGGGCGCUCUGGGUGGCCCUGCCUGUGCUCUCCCUGCUGGCCUGCUCCGCCCUAGGGAAGCCACUGGAGAACCGGGGGCGGCCGUCCACUGGGGCAGAUGCCCACCGCCUGCUAGGGGGGCCCGGCGGUGAGCAGGAGGGGGUCACCUUCGACCUGAGGAUGUUCCUGGAGAACAUGAAAGUGGAUUUUCUGCGCAACCUCAACCUGAGUGGGGUCCCUUCUCAGGACAGAACCCGAGCCGAGCCACCGCAGUACAUGAUCGAUCUAUACAACAGAUACACCACCGACAAGACGUCCACCCCUGCGUCAAACAUUGUGCGGAGCUUCAGCGUGGAAGAUGCUGUCUCUAUAGCCACCACAGAAGACUUCCCUUUCCAGAAGCACAUCUUGCUCUUCAAUAUCUCCAUUCCCAGGCAUGAGCAGAUCACCAGGGCCGAGCUCAGACUCUACCUCUCCUGUCAGAGUCACAUGGACUCCCCACACGAGCUGAAAGGAAACAUGGUCAUUUAUGACGUUCUGGAUGGAGCUGAGGUCUGGGACGCUCCUGGGGGAACCAAGACCUUCCUGGUGUCUCAGGACAUCCGGGACGAGGGCUGGGAGACCUUUGAGGUGUCCAGUGCCGUGAAGCGGUGGGUCCGGGCAGACUCCACCAAGAGCAAAAAUAAACUGGAAGUGACGGUGGAGAGUCACAGGAAGGGCUGUGACAAGCUGGAUAUCAGUGUCCCCCCGGGAUCCAAAAACCUGCCCUUCUUUGUCGUCUUCUCCAAUGACCGCAGCAACGGGACUAAGGAGACCAGGCUGGAGCUCAGGGAGAUGAUCAGCCACGAGCAGGAGAGUGUGCUCAGGAAGUUGUCCAAGAACACCGUGGUGGAGGCAGGUGAGAACAAAGAUGAGGAGGAGGAGGAUGUGCGAAACCACAUGCCCACGGAAUCUUCUUUGGUCAGACGGAAGAGGAGUGCUGCGGCCAACAACCACUGUCAGAAGACCUCCCUGCGGGUGAACUUCGAGGACAUCGGCUGGGACAGCUGGAUCAUUGCGCCCAAGGAGUAUGAUGCCUUUGAAUGUAAAGGUGGCUGCUUCUUCCCCCUGGCCGACGAUGUGACCCCAACGAAACAUGCCAUCGUGAAGACCCUGGUGCAUCUCAAGUUCCCCAUGAAGGUGGGCAAGGCCUGCUGUGUGCCCACCAAACUGAGCCCCAUCUCCAUCCUCUACAAGGAUGACAUGGGGGUCCCCACCCUCAAGUACCACUAUGAAGGGAUGAGCGUGGCAGAGUGUGGGUGUAGGUAGUGCUGGCCUGAGGGCGGGGAGGCAGGGUGGAUGGGCUCCUAAUGACAGGUCCUGUGUCCCGCUGGGCAUGACAGGGACCAAGUCCACCUGCAUGCCAAUCUGGAGAAGGAAGGGGAGCCACCAGGUCCCGGAGGUAAAGACCUGCUCUCCCUCUCAGGGCCCACCCCAAGCACAUGCCACUGGGUAAAUUACAGGGGAGGGGAUGCCAAUGGGCAGUAGGGUUUGGGGAGAAGAGGGAAGCCUGGAAGGGUUGCUGGGGUGGGAGGGGAGAUGAAAAAAUGGGGACAAGAGAAAGAAUAAUCCAGAGUCAGCAGAAAACUGAGCAAAAAAGAGGCCGAGAAGCCUAAACGGGAGAUGCACACAGAUUAAUGGAAAUUAAAGCGAGUGAGAGGACAGGAUUGACUCCAAUAACCACAGUGAAUAAAGGGGAAAGGAAUGGGCCGUGUGCACACCCACUGCACAUUAUUCCCACAACUCAUGAGAUGGGCGUCAUGACUCCCAAUUCACACAUAUGGGAGCCAAAACUUGGGCUCAAGUAGCCCAAAUAGCAACAGUCAAUGGCAUGAUUCCAAUCCAGGGAUCUCUACGGGUCCGUCGGUCACCAAAGCCAAGGGCUCCCCAAGUACCCUGCUGCAGUUUAGCAGGUCAUCUGGUAACUGAAGACAAUUAGACUUUGGGAAGUGGGGACUGGGGGCAAGCUGGACUAAGUCUGACCAGUACCCAGCAGGAUGACUGGGCCACUUGUCACAUCUAGGGUACAUUCUGACUGCUCUGUGCCUGUGUUAACUCAGUGUCCAAGUGCUUUUUAAGAUACCCCUGAGUCACAGAACUAUCCCUUAAACCAGCUGCAGGAUGGAGCGAAUGCAGGACAAACGCCCUCAGGCUGCAGUGCACGCUGUGGCCAGAGGAACUUUGACCCACUGGCACAGAGCUUGUGUGACCAGUGGUUCAUACAGAGCCACUCGCUGCCAUGCACUCAGACUGCAAGAUGGUUGGUGGGGGUGCACUGAGUUUACCCUGAGGGAUGGGCAGCCCAUGGCCUGUGUCUCUGCAGUUACUUAGCAUAACCAGCUCACCACCAUCACACACCCAUGGGCUCCCAUCCCACAAGGACUCCAUGGAUGACAAGACCUGGAUUUGAAUUUGUUGAAAUAAAGGCAUUCUUGCUUUGGUAUUUGCAA